AUGACAGACAGAAAACCACCAGUAAAAAUAACAGCGUGUGAUAAAGUGGACGAGAAUCCAUUUGUGAGAGAGUACGAGAGGAAAGAGAGCAGGCCAGUGGUGAAGGAGAAGGUAAAGAGAAUUUUGAAGCUGGAAUUGUUGCAAAGAAAAAUAGUCAAGGCGAAUCCAAAGAAGACACAAAAAAGGAAGUCAGGAAUCGUGGAAGACGUGAAGAUAAUAGCACAGAAUGAGAUAGAAUUCAACAGGGAUGGAGAAAUCAAGUACUACGUCUAUCCAUGCACAAUAGAGGGCACAUUUCUAUCACACCUGGCAUCUGCCCUAAAGUGUGCCCAUGAUAACUACAAAAACAGCCUGAAAUAUUUCUACGUGAAAUUGAACAGGGGUCUAAUCAAAUUUGAGAGAGAAAUAUCCUGUACCAGUGAUAUCAAAAGAGAUUUGAUUGAGAAUGACAUAAUGCACCACAGUAUCAAUGGGAAGAUUGUGGUGACUGAUACAUCAAAUAUGAUGGUUGAUAUGCUCUCCAAUCUAAGAAGAAGCAGAAUCAAGGAGUGUAUUGUCCUAUCAAGGGAUGAGUUUGAGUAUGGAUCAGUAAGGAUAUUUAGGGUAAAGGAGACCAAGAUAAUCAGAAUGGGAGAGACAAAACGAUACUACUACGAGACAAGUGGAAUAAUGUAUUUGGAGGAUAUUAAGACAGAGGAGUAUGAGAUAGUCAAUAUUGAAUAA